GCUAGAGCCUAUACUGUUAUUGCUAUUAGCCGUGAACGCCAUCUUGGAUCUAGAAGGUUUCUAAACGGGGAAAACAGGAAAAUAGAUACUUUCGUUCUUAUUUUGUAAUUUCCCCCACUGGCUGAUGAUGAAGAAACACGAGUCAUGACGUCGCCUCUUUAUUUGCUGAUAUAGUUAAAAUCGGUAAAUCUGAGAGGAUUGUGGUUGAGGAAAUUUCCGCAGUUUACUGUAACUUGGUUUGUUUAUGUUAUUCAACCCGGACAUGGACUCUUCUAACCCAGACAUACCAGAUGACUCUCUGGGUUUGGGAGCCGGUGGGGCCCAGGCAAGCAGCAGUGCUGUUGUGCCAAAAGGGUCCAAUAAGAGACGAGCUGCGCCAGACUUCGAUGAUGAUGAUGAUGAUGAUGGAAGCAAGCUCUUCAGGUGUGAUGACGAUGGAGGAGGAGGAGACAAAGAGCGAUUUGCCAGGGAGAAUCACAGUGAGAUUGAGCGGCGGCGGAGGAACAAGAUGACUGCUUACAUCACAGAGCUGUCGGACAUGGUUCCCACCUGCAGCGCGUUGGCACGGAAACCAGAUAAGCUGACCAUCCUGCGCAUGGCCGUGUCCCACAUGAAGUCUCUGAGAGGGAGCGGCAACACUGCAGCAGACGGGACAUACAAACCAUCCUUCCUCACCGACCAGGAGCUGAAGCACCUGAUCCUGGAAGCUGCUGAUGGCUUCCUGUUUGUGGUGUCGUGUGAGAGUGGGCGGGUCGUCUACGUGUCAGACUCCCUGACCCCUGUUCUUAAUCAAUCACAGUCCGACUGGCUAGGCUCCUCACUCUACGACCAGCUCCACCCGGACGACGGAAACAAACUACGAGAGCAGCUCUCUACUGCAGAGAGUAACAAUACAGGGAGGAUGUUAGACCUGAAGACAGGAACAGUUAAGAAGGAGGGACAGCAGUCCUCCGUCAGGAUGUGUAUGGGAGCCAGACGAUCCUUUAUAUGUAGGAUGAGAUGUGGUUCGUGUCCGGUGGAGCCCAUGUCUAUGAACAGAUUGAAUUUCCUGCGGAGCAGAAACAGGAAUGGUCUGGGCCCACCCAAGGAUGGAGAGCCUCAGUAUGUGGUGGUCCACUGCACUGGAUACAUCAAGUCCUGGCCCCCCACAGGGGUGAAUCUAACAGAUGAGGAAGCAGACAAUAUUCAGGGGAGUCGCUACUGUCUAGUCGCCAUCGGUAGACUUCAGGUGACCUCUUGCCCGAGCGACACAGACAUGAACAGCAUCAGUGUUCCGGUGGAGUUCAUCUCUCGUCACAACUGCCAGGGCCUCUUUACCUUCGUAGACCACCGCUGCAUGGCCACAGUGGGCUACCAGCCUCAGGAACUGCUGGGUAAGAACAUCUUGGAGCUGGCCCACCUUGAGGACCAGGAACUGCUGAGAGACAGCUUCCAGCAGGUGGUCAAGCUGAAGGGUCAGGUGCUGUCCGUCAUGUUCCGCUUCCUGUCCAAGACCAGAGACUGGCUCUGGAUCAGGACCAGCUCCUUCACCUUCCAGAACCCCUUCUCUGAGGAGAUAGAGUACAUCAUCUGUACCAACGCCAACGUCAAAACCUCGACUCAGGACACCCUCACCCCCCUCUCGUCCCCAGGGGUGUCUUUGCCCCCCUCGCUGGGGGAGACCAGUCCUAACUUCCCCCCUGUAUCCCACAGCCCAGGGCAGGUGGCUGCCAGACAGUUGCAGCAGCAGCAAGCAGAGUUGGGGGGAGGAGGGAGAGAUGGUCUGUACGAGGCAGGACAGGUUACACUUCCACAGAUGCCUGUCCAGGCCGUGACCGCAGCUGGAACUGACCAUAGUAAGACCAGGGACAAGGCAGAGAUGCACCCCUCCAUGUACCCCAACCCAGACCAGGCCAAGUUCCUGCCCUCCACCUCUGCCCCCGGAGUACCCAUCUACCCUCAGGACAACAACAACUACACAACUGCCAACCGCUCCAACGACACAUACAGCAGGUCAGUAGGGAUGGCCCCUCAGAUGGUGCAGCCAUCCCACUCCGCAGGCCAGGUGCUGGCUCAGAUGUCCCGUCAGAACGGGGCACCCCCCUCCAACAGCAGCCCCCUACAGGGAGGGGCAGCGGUGAGCUGGCCGGGGCCAGCAGCAGGGGCUAGACCCCCCUUCAACAACCAGCAGGUGGUGCCCCAGGCAGGGAAGGCCCUGUCUCCCCAGUUUGCCAUGGGGAGUUUUGUUGGGGGCUCUUCCUCCUCAUUUGGGGCGAUGCCCACCACUGCCGCUCCGAACCCCACCACGGGGGCUAACUACCCAAAUAUCAACCCCCGCGCCAGCCUCAAUACCAACGGAUAUGAUGGCUUGGGGUCGGGGCAGCAGUUCCCCUCCAGGGCAGCGGAGGCAGUGUGGCCCCAGUGGCACGGCCAGCAGCAAGCUCAGAACAGGGCAGAGCAGCACCCCCACACACAGAACAACCAGCCUGACAUCUUCCCUGAUGUUCUCGCCAUGCUGGACCAGCCGGCCAACUUCAACAACGAUGACUUUGAGAUUCCCAUCUACCCCUCUUUCAACGAGUGACCCCGCAUACACUCUUCCACUUACCUCCUCUGUCUCUCAAAUGUCUCCUUCUCUCUCAUUUGGUGCACUUUUGCUCUCUUUCUUCGCCUUUCGUGAUCCAACGAGAGCAUGUCUAAUUAUCGCUCAGAUGAUUGCACUGCCAGGAUGGAGAAGGCGAGUUAAUCAGGGAAAAGAGAGAGUGAAAUCAAGUAUCGGUAUUCAAAUGCAGGUUCAAUAAACACGUGGAAGGGAGAGAGAGAAGAGAUUCAGGGUUCAGUGAUAGUUGGGCAAAUGUAAAAUGACAUCUGUAGCCAGCACUGCCCAAGCUCCACAGCCAGUGGAUUUGUUGUAGAGAUGUAACACACAAUCCCACCUGAACAUGCACAAGGCCCUGAGGCAGACACUGCUUCACCAGUAACACACAAACAUGGCCUUUCACUAACCGAGUCAGCUGUGUGUUUAGAUCUAUGCUGCUCCACUGGUCUGUACAUCAUAUGGAUAGAUCAGUCCAAUCAUUCACUUGAAGUCUCAGGCAAUUCAGGUGAUCUAUAGCUUUGGGGGAAUAUGUGGGAAUAUAUAUAUGGGAAUAUUCUGAUCUGAAGCCUGUGAAUAUCCUCUAUCUGCUCCCCUCGCUGUUUUAGCUUAGCAACCCGUAGCAUGUUCAAAAGGACACUGUCCUCACGCAGGCAGGUUUAUACGAACACUGUACAAACACUUUUAUAUUUGUACAUUGACGAUGUCACCUAUGAAUGUGGUUAUGUUGGUUUCAGGUGGAAAAGAGGGAGAGAUGUCUAUGACUAGUGAGGGGGAGAGAGGGAGAGAUGUCUAUGACUAGUGAGGGGGAGAGAGGGAGAGAGAUGUCUAUGA